AUAGCUUCGGUCGGUGGUGAUAUUUGUAUAAGAUCAAGUCACACAAUCCACACACACACACACACACACAAUCCUCAUUUGCAUGCGUUUUGUUUUCAAUGGCAGUUGAAGCUUCACAUUUCACUCUCUUCUCACCUCCAAACAUUGAAAUGAUGUAUCAAAACAACGGUAGUAUGGCGUACGGAACUAAGCCGGAGAAACUUCUUCCGGCGUAUCAUUUCCGACCGACGGAUGCUUUUCCGGCGACGGUUUCCAGAAAACGAUCACGUGAUUCAUCUUCAUUCAUUCCGGUACCGUUCUCCGUACAAAAUGUUGACUCUAAAGGAAACCGAGUAGGCGAGUUGACGUUUCUCGCCGGAGAUAUUUCCUCGCAGAUGUAUCAACAACAAUCGGAGAUUGACCGAUUAAUUGCUCAUCACACGGAGAAAGUGAGAUCGGAGAUGGAACAGAUACAGAAGCAAAACACAAUGAGAAUGAUAACAGCUGUAAACGAAGCUAUAACGAAACGACUGAAAACAAAAGAGGACGAAUAUCUGAAAAUCGGACGGUUGAACUGGACGCUAGAGGAAAAAGUGAAAUCUCUGAAUAUAGAGAAUGAAAUCCUGAAAGAAUUGGUUCAAACAAACGAGGCAACAGCAAACGCUUUACGUAACAAACUGCAACAGGUGCUAGCACAGGUUCAGCAACAACAACAACAACAACAUCAUUUCGAUUCAGAUGCUCAGUCAUACUGUGGCAGCAAUUACGAGGAGGAUAACCGUCAGGUGGCGGAAAACGACGACGGUGAAGGAAAGAGAAAAGUGAGUGGUAAUGAUGAAAAUGAGGAUUGUAAGACCACCAGUAGGUACGGCAGAAUGAAGAGGUGGUGCCGGAGGUGUGAGAAAGAGGAGUCAUGCGUGUUGCUGCUGCCUUGCAGGCAUUUAUGUGUGUGUACGUUGUGUGUCUCGUCUAUCAGCUUUUGCCCUGUCUGCAAUGUUGCAAAGACCGCUGGUGUGAUGGUUAACAUGAGCUCAUCUUGACAGAUUAUUAUUAUUAUUAUUAUUAAUGUUUAGCUCGUUUUAGGCUAGAGAAGUGUAAUUAAAGUUGAACUCUUUUUUGUUAUUUUUAUUAUGUGAAGGUGAAGAAAGGAAUUGUUUAUUUUAUUGAUGCAGCGUUGGUAA